AUGAAAGUGCUGGAUAAUUUUUCACCAGGAUAUAGUCUGAGCAUCUCACACAAAGCCGGCCUAGGUGUCUGCUCAUAUCUGGAUAGUUUACUGCUAUCUUCAGCGGCAUUCCGGUCACUGGCUCAAAGUGGCCAUAGUGCGCUGAACCUGGAAAUUGCUUAUUCAUCUUUUUGCGGGUUGUCGAAUGGUACUGCUACGCCUGGACAUAUUUUGGCACUCAAGCGUAUUCAGCGUAUUCGCUGGAUAACUCUGAAACACCCAGUGGCCAGCAAGGUGCAAGCAUUGGUCACAUUUGAGAACCCGGCACAUGACGAUCGAAAUGUUUUACUGCCGAUGUUCAUAACCACUGCAAAACAACAGAUUCAGCCACUCAUUCACUUACUGCGGCAUUCCGGUCACUGGCUCAAAGUGGCCAUAGAUGCACUGAACCUGGAAAUUGCUUAUUCAUCUUUUUGCUGGUUGUCGAAUGGUACUGCUACGCCUGAACAUAUUUUGGCACUCAAGCGUAUUCAGCGUAUUCGCUGGACAACUCUGAAGCGCCUAAUGGUCAGCAAAGUGCAAGCAUUGGUCACAUUUGAGAAGUAUGACGCAGCGAGUACAAGACUUCUUAAAAAUAAAACGUAA